AUGCUAGACGUACGGAGGCUUUACAGGACUUUUACAGGCAAUGCUGAGCAUUUUUGGUUUCCCUCCCCUCUCUCGGCGCGCGCGCUAUCCCCUCGUGGCCUCGACGGGGGCGGGGCGGGGCGGCUACAGGAUUCCUUCUUCUUCGGUUGGCGGUUGGCGUGGUGUUGUAGGUCACAACCCUUCCUUCACUGCACUAUGGAUACACAUGCAUAUACUUCUGCGCCGGAGGAAGAACAGGAGGCUUCUCGGAAGUUAAGGUUGCAUGUCAGUGAGAUAGAAGCAGUGCAAAAACAAAAUCAAACUGCUUGAGUUUUGUCAGCUUCGUGGUCAUGGCAGGCGUCGUAGUUGUGAUCUGCUUGUUGCUCCUCUUGUCCCCGAUAACUCUGGGCUACCACUGUCCACACCCAGUCCGAUAGGGGCGUUGCAGCGGCGUCUCGGACAGCCAGGCCUUGGGCGAGGCGGUGCGUGGAUGCGGCGGCGGCUGCGUGGCGAAGGUGGCGGGUGGGCCGAUGCGGCAUGAUGGCGGGGUGGCUGGUGCCGGUUCCGUCAGAUCUGGCGCUUGGAGUCGCGGGCUGUGAGCAGCGAGGACCGCUGUCCUCCGUCGUGGCGGCGAUGGUGUCGGCAUGAUUGAGGCAGCGGUGUGGUGGCGGUCCUUGUACUCUUGUCGCAUGACAACAACGAUCUGCAUGAUCGGUCCUCCUCGAUCUGGCCGUCGACGUGUUUCGGAACUACUGAUGGAGAUCUUGCCCAAGGAUAUCUGGAUCGGAUAGUAUCCGGUCGUGCGCGUCCAUAUUAGCCUACGUGGCUCCAGGAGGGCGCGUCGUGAAGCUCUAUUGUUUGUUGACACCAUGGGACAUGUCGGCAUCUCGAUUUCCAUGGCACAGACAGUGGCGGUGAAAGUCUUGAUGGCUAAGAUCGGAGGAUCAGUAAGGCGGAGGCGGCCUUGUUGGCAAUGGAGUCAGCCAGAUGUUUGAUAACUAACAGUAGCAGCAGUGUCAAGUGGGGGCGGCAGCACAGGAGGAUUUCAUUUUUGGUGGUGCUCCUCAGGCGCCGAGUCAUGACUUUCAGGGUGAAAAUCUAAGGUUUGGCCUUCAUUGCUUGUGCCUGGCAAUUGCCUUGUUGAAGGUAUUGUUUUGAGAGCUCGGUCUUUCUCCAGGUUGAAAACCUAUGUUCUUGGAUCGGGCGACGACAGCUCUUGUGCACUGUUUCCUUCUUGAAGGCGUCGCUUUUGGAGGCCUUUUAUCUUUUCAUGGUGCUGUCUUUGCUGGUGAUUGUAUGUUGAUGCUGAGAGGAGUUGAUCACUUCGGCAAGGCCAUUUUUUCCCUUUCUUUCUUUUUCUUUUUGGGCUGUGUGCAUCCUAGAUGUCUUUGUGACUUGUUGGUGCAGAAGCCGGGUGUAAUUGGUAUCUU